AUGCCCUGUGUACAAACACAGCACGUAUCCCUGAGCCACGACAGCCACUUCAGCUCCGACUCGUUCGGCCCCGACCUCGGCGCCGAACCGGCGAUGGACAUCGGCGGCGGCCAGAAGGAGCAGCUGUCGACGUCGUUGUUACCCAGCAUCAAUACCUUAGUGGGGAACGGCUACCUAGGGGAAUUCGAUGCUUUUUCUUGCAAGAUUCCCAGCUCGCCUUCCGCGUCUACUCUUUCGUUCGCUCACGCUUCAGUGGGCGAGAGUUCAGAUUGCCAGAUGCAGAACCAAGCCUACAGGCUGGAUGAGCUCCAAGUGUACGGCUGUUACCCGGGCUCCUUCACGCUGAGCUGCGUCGACGAAACGCUGUCGUCGUGCGGCUCCGACUACUACGGCAGUCCGGGGUACCCCGCCGCCUCCCCUCCGGCGGCCGCCGGCUUUCAGACACUCUGCGCGCCCUUGUGGGACUCCCCUUUCGGCCCCUACAAUCCGGCGGAAAAGCCGGCCGCCUUUUUCCCCUUCGGCCCCGCGCCCGAACAUCAGCGCUCGCCCGCGCCGCCCCGCCGGGACGCGCGGCUCGGGCAGAACGAGCCUUUCUUCGCGUCCCCUCAGCAGCAAGCGUCUUCGCUCCAUUGCCCUCCGGCGGCCGCCGAGCACGGCGGCCGCUUCGCGGAGGGGUCGUCCAAAAUCCACAACCCGGCUUUGAGCGAAGGCCGCUGCGCCGUGUGCGGAGACAAAGCGUCCUGCCAGCACUACGGCGUUCGCACCUGUGAAGGCUGCAAAGGUUUUUUCAAACGAACAGUGCAGAAAAAUGCCAAGUACGUUUGCCUGGCCAAUAAAGACUGUCCGGUUGACAAGAGGAGGAGGAACCGUUGCCAGUUCUGCCGUUUCCAGAAAUGUCUUACUGUGGGAAUGGUCAAAGAAGUGGUCCGAACAGACAGUCUGAAAGGUCGCCGGGGUCGCCUGCCGUCCAAACCCAAGACGGUGGCUGAGGCUUCCUCCACUACCCCUAACGUCAACAUCAUUUCCUCAUUAGUACGAGCUCACUUGGACUCCAACCCGACCAUUGGCAAACUGGACUACUCCAAGUAUCAGGAGACGGCGGACAACGUAUCAGAGAAGGAGGAUGCCGGUGACAUCCAGCAGUUCUACGACCUCCUUACCGGAUCAUUGGAAGUCAUUAAAACCUGGGCCGAAACCAUCCCGGGAUUCUCGGACUUUUGCGCGGAGGACCGGCAGCUUCUUCUGGAGUCGGCUUUUGUCGAGCUCUUCAUCCUUCGCCUGGCGUACAGGUCCAACCCGGAGAAGCGCAAGCUGAUCUUCUGUAACGGAGUGGUUCUCCACCGGCUGCAGUGCGUUCGUAGUUUCGGGGACUGGAUGGACUCCAUCGUGGAUUUCUCCCGGAGCCUUCACCGCAUGAACUUGGACGUCUCCCAGUUCGCGUGCCUUUCGGCUCUGGUCAUCAUCACCGAUCGCCACGGGCUGAAAGAACCUAAACGUAUCGAAGACUUCCAAAGCAACCUCAUCUCUUCCUUGAAGGAACACGUGAGCGGAAACCGAUCGGAAAGCGGCCGAAGCCAGCCCAAUUAUCUCUCUCGGCUUCUGUGUAAGCUCCCGGAACUGAGGACUCUUUGCACGCAAGGCCUGCAGCGCAUCUUCUACCUAAAACUGGAAAACCUUGUACCCCCUCCGCCGAUCGUGGAUAAAAUCUUUAUGGAUAUCUUACCCUUCUGA